AUGUAUAUGAGUGCGGCUCAGUUAUUGCGGCACGGCUCUUAUGUCAUGAGCUUCGCUGCCGUUCCGUCCUCUUCUACAACAUUUGCCCUCGGCUACACCCCAACAUCUCAAGACCUGCCGAUUCUUGGAGCCAUGGCGUUCAAGCUCACAGGUACUUCAAAAGUUCACUUCCAAUCGGGAUGGCAGUGGCAUACUCUCAUGGAGCCAAGAGACCGACAUGAGCCUCACGAUGCUUCAGACGGCAUAUCGCAACAAGACACUCAGCUCUACAACGUACGCGCGAAGGAAUGUAGCGAUAUGAAAGAGACCGAAGCCUUUCUCAAGCCCAAAGUUCAGAAUCCAGAGACCAUGUCCUUCAGCACUAUCGGGAUGGUAUAA